GCGGGCGCCCGGUGACACCCGCCUGAACCAACUUGCGGUAGGCUCGGGCCCACGCCCUAAGGAGUUAAAGCUUUCUCAUGUUACCCAGCGGCUUAUAAGGAGGGGAGGCCAAGCCUCCGCCUUAUUGGGAGCCUUUUGGGCGUUAUUCUCUGCCCUUCUAACUUGGGCUCCAGGUUGAUCCUAAUCCCACCCAUUAUGCAUGUGGAAACCACUGAUGGUAACAGACAAAGAAAAUGGGAUGGGCACCCAGCACCAGAGCUGACAAGUUGUCCUGCCACAGAGCCUUCUGAUGAUGGAUUAAGAAUGACCGAAAAGAAAUCACAGCUUUGUACCAGAGCCAGUGUUUAUACUCAAGUGCCUGAUGGAGGAUGGGGCUGGGCAGUAGCUGUGUCUUUUUUCUUCGUGGAAGUCUUCACCUUUGGUGUCAUCAAGUCCUUUGGUGUCUUCUUUAAUGACUUAAUGGACAGUUUUGAUGAAUCUAAUAGCAGGAUCUCAUGGAUAAUAUCGAUAUGUGUGUUCAUAUCAACAUUUACAGCUCCCCUCUCCACUGUCCUGAGCAACCGUUUUGGACACCGCCUGGUGGUGAUGGCGGGAGGACUGCUCGUCACCACGGGAAUGGUGGUGGCGUCCUUCGCUCGUGAGGUUUACCACAUGUACAUCGCGAUUGGCAUCAUCUCUGGUUCGGGAUACUGCUUUAGUUUUCUCCCAACUGUCACCAUUCUAUCUCAGUACUUUGACAAAAGGCGCUCUGUGGUCACUGCCGUUGCUUCUACAGGAGAAUGUUUUGCUAUAUUUGCUUUUGCACCAGCGUUCACAGCCCUGAAGGAGAACAUUGGCUGGAGGUACAGUCUCCUCCUCGUGGGCCUACUACAGUUAAACAUUGUCAUCUGUGGGGCAUUGCUGAGACCAAUUAUAAUCAAAGGACCCGGGUCACCGAAAAUAACUAGACAGGAAAAUCCGAAAGAAGUACAGUAUAUACUUGAAAAUGAGAAAACGCGGACCUCGAUAGACUCCAUUGACUCAGGAGUAGAACUAACUACCUCACCUAAAAAUGUGCCUAGUCAGGGUAACGUGGAGCUGGAGCCAAAGGCCGACGUGCAGCAACAGGUCCAGGAGACCAGCUCCAAGCAAAAGGAUGGGAAAGUCCCAUUAUUGGACUUCUCGAUCUUGAAAGAGAAAAGCUUCAUUUGCUAUGCACUAUUUGGUCUCUUUGCCACAUUGGGAUUCUUUGCACCUUCCUUAUACAUCAUUCCCUUGGGCGUCAGUCUGGGCAUUGAAGAGGACCAAGCUGCUUUUUUAUUAUCUACAAUGGCAAUUGCUGAAGUUUUUGGAAGAAUCGGAGCUGGUUUGGUCUUCAACAGACAGCCCAUUCGUAAGAUCUACAUUGCGCUCAUCUGCGUUACGUUACUGACCGUGUCUCUGUUUGCCUUUACUUUUGCUACUGAAUUCUGGGGUCUAAUGUCCUGUAGCAUAUUUUUCGGUGUUAUGGUUGGAACAGUAUGCGGUACCCACAUUCCACUGCUUGCGGAAGAUGAUGUCGUGGGAAUUGAGAAGAUGUCCUCUGCUGCUGGAGUCUACGUCUUCAUUCAGAGCAUAGCAGCCCUGGCUGGACCUCCCCUCGCAGGUCUGCUGGUGGACCACAGUAAGAUAUACAGCAGAGCCUUCUACUCCUGCGCAGCUGGUAUGUCUUUGGCCGCAGUGUGCCUCGCACUUGUGAGACCGUGUAAAAAGGGACUGUGCCAGCAGCAUCAUCAUGCAGAUGAAGCAAAGGCAGAGAGUUACCGUGGGAGAGCUUUACAAGACAUACCUGAAGACUUUCUUGAAAUGGACCUUGGGAAAAAUGAGAAUAAAGUUCCUGUGAAAAUGGAGUCAGUAUGACAGGCUUUCAUGUAACAUCGGCCACCGUGUUGGCUGGUUUGUGGGGGAUGGUGGGGGACAGGGGACAUAGUGGUCUAGGGGGGCUAACUACUCUACCCACUUUGAAAAAGACAUUUUAAAGGGAAUGCAUAUGUGAACACUGCUACCAACAUCUUUUUAUUUUAAUUUUUCUUUUUC